AUGGAUGACCCGCUCUACAAGCUUGAGUAUCUCUCGCUCGUGUCCAAAAUUGCCACCGAGCUCGAGAAUCACUUGGGUCUCAAUGAUCGCGUCCUUGCCGAAUUUAUCAUCUCGCUGCAUGAACAGUCGCACUCAUCACUCCCGGCGUUCCAGGCUAAGCUGGAUGAAUCAGGCGCCGAGUUUUCCUCCGCUUUCGUGGAAAAUUUGGACCGGCUCAUCACGAUGCUACACCCAAAGCUGAAGAAAUUACGGCAAGAGCAGGCACAGCUGAAAGACAACACAGCGGAGCAAAAAGCUCAAAUGCUGCCAGGCUUGGCCAUCCAGAACCAAGCAUGGUCUGAGCCUGACUACUACAAAGAGCAGCCCCAAAAGAGAAAACGCCUCCAUGAAGAAAUUGAAAGGAAUCGCACAGACCGCCAUGCACGUCGAUCGCCUCCCUUGGGCCAAGAGCCGGACACAGAGCCUAUCGUGAACAAAGUGUACGACGGACGAGUGUCUGGCGUCAAAGACUUUGGCGCUUUUGUCACGCUGGAGGGUGUCGUGGGUCGCCGAGACGGACUGGUGCACAUUAGUGCGCUCAGCAGUGGCAAAGGUCGUGUGGGGCACCCCUCGGACGUUGUUUCGCGUGGCGAUCGCGUCAAAGUGAAAGUCGUCAAAGUAGAGGGACAGCGCAUAAGUUUGACGAUGCGUGACAUCGAUCAGGGCACGGGUCGUGACCUGGCGGCGCCACCACCUCGCGGGCGAGACCCCAUGCCGCGUUUCCUUACAGGAUCAAAUGGUGCGCCCUUGGGACGACCCGAUCCAGAGCCUGAGGAACAACGUGGGCAGCGUCUGAAACGAUUAACCAGUCCUGAACGCUGGGAAAUCAAGCAGCUUAUUGCAAGUGGCGUUGCGAAAGCGACAGACUACCCGGAACUCAUGGAGGAAGAACACUCGACUCCUGCGUCACGCCUCGCCGGUGACGAUGCUGAUGAAGAAGUGGAAAUCGAAGUGAAUGAAAAGGAAGCGCCUUUUCUGGCGGGGCAAACAGCUGCUUCACUGGAAUUAUCGCCUGUGCGCGUCGUCAAAGCGCCUGAUGGCUCGUUGAACCGUGCGGCACAAGCGGGCACGGCCCUUGCUAAGGAACGCCGCGAGCUCAAGCAGCAAGAGAUGAACGAGGAAGCAGACAAAAAAGCGCGCGACAUGUCCACAGGCUGGCUUGACCCUAUGGCGCAAGCCAGUGACAAGAUCUUUGCUCAAGAUGUGCGUGGCCAGACGCGUAAUCAGCAUGCCUACCAGCAGCCAGAGUGGAAAAAGCAUACCUUCAACAAAGCUACCACUUUCGGCAAGAUCACCACACUCAGUAUAAAAGAGCAGCGCGAAAGCCUCCCUAUUUUCAAGCUUCGUGAACCUCUACUCCAGGCAAUUCGCGAUAACCAGGUUCUGGUGAUUGUCGGCGAGACAGGAUCCGGCAAGACGACGCAAGUGACUCAAUACUUGGCGGAAGAAGGGUUUGCUGAUUCGAGCAAAAUUGGAUGCACGCAGCCGCGGCGUGUCGCAGCCGUCAGUGUAGCAAAGCGUGUGGCCGAAGAAGUCGGAUGUCGUGUUGGUCAAGAAGUCGGCUACACGAUCCGUUUUGAGGAUUGUACAAGUCCAGACACACGCAUCAAGUACAUGACAGAUGGUAUGCUGCAGCGCGAAUGCCUCGUCGAUCCUGACCUCAAGGCGUACUCAGUUCUCAUGUUAGACGAGGCGCAUGAACGUACCAUCGCCACGGAUGUUCUUUUUGGUCUGUUAAAAAAGGCACUGCAGCGUCGCCCCGAUCUCAAAUUGAUUGUCACUUCUGCUACUCUCGACGCUGAGAAAUUUAGCUCCUACUUUUUUGGAUGCCCUAUUUUUACCAUUCCUGGACGCACAUACCCUGUCGAGAUUCUAUAUACCAAAGAGCCUGAGCCUGACUAUCUUGAUGCUAGUUUGAUCACUGUGAUGCAGAUCCACCUAUCCGAGCCUCCAGGUGAUAUCCUCGUCUUUCUUACGGGCCAAGAGGAAAUUGAUACCAGCUGUGAGAUUCUGUAUGAGCGCAUGCGUGCGUUAGGUCCUAGUGUGCCAGAGCUCAUCAUCAUGCCAGUAUAUUCUGCCCUUCCCAGCGAGAUGCAAUCUCGCAUUUUCGAGCCUGCACCGCCAGGAGCCCGUAAAGUUGUACUUGCCACAAACAUUGCCGAGACGAGUAUUACAAUCGAUGGAAUUUACUAUGUCGUGGAUCCAGGCUUCGUCAAGCAAAAUGCGUACGAUGCCCGUCUUGGUAUCGACUCUCUCGUUGUCACGCCCAUUUCUCAAGCCCAGGCUCGUCAGCGUGCCGGCCGGGCCGGCCGUACUGGUCCAGGGAAAUGCUAUCGGCUGUAUACCGAAGCGGCUUUCCGCAAUGAAAUGCUGCCCAACCCGAUCCCAGACAUCCAGCGCCAGAACUUGGCGUCAACGAUUCUUGCUCUGAAGGCCAUGGGUAUCAACGAUUUGCUGCACUUCGACUUCAUGGAUCCCCCACCGGCGCAAACUAUGCUCACAGCGCUCGAAUCGCUGUAUGCCUUGUCAGCUCUUGACGAUGAAGGACUCCUUACACGACUUGGUCGCAAAAUGGCAGACUUUCCUAUGGACCCACCCAUGGCUAAAAUGCUGAUUACUAGCGUGGAUAUGGGCUGUAGUGAGGAAAUGCUUAGUAUCGUUGCCAUGCUCAGCAUUCCUAAUGUAUUCUACCGGCCUAAGGAUAAACAAGCACAAGCAGAUGCUAAGCGAGCGAAGUUUUUCCAACCCGAAGGUGACCAUCUUACACUUUUGACUGUGUACAAUGCUUGGGUCUCCAGCCGCUUUUCCAUGCCGUGGUGCAUGGACAAUUUUAUUCAAGGCCGCGCUUUGCGUCGUGCACAGGAUGUGCGAAAGCAGCUUGUCGGAAUUAUGGACCGCUAUCAUCAUGAUAUAUUGUCUUGUGGAUCUAAUUAUAGUCGCGUGCGACGCGCUAUUUGCUCUGGAUAUUUCCGCAAUGCAGCCAAGCGCGAUCCACAAGAGGGCUACCGCACGUUGGCAGAGGGCGGUGGUAACGUAUAUUUGCAUCCAUCUAGCAGUCUUUUUCAUCGUCCGCCGGAGUAUGUCGUGUAUCAUGAAGUCGUUAUGACUUCGAAAGAAUACAUGCGUGAAGUGACGGCCAUUGAACCAAAAUGGCUCGUGGAAGUCGCGCCGCGCUUCUUCCGCAUGGCAGACCCAUCUCAUCUUUCGAAACGCAAACGACAAGAAAAAAUUCAACCCCUCUUCAACCGAUACACAAAGGAUCAAGAUGAUUGGCGUCUAUCCAAACAGCAACGUCUCGCACGUGUUUUGCAAUCUCAGACAUUUUAG